AUGGCUGCUUCACCUCUCAAGGAAGGGAAAUCACCACCCUCACCUCAGAAAGAGCUCCCGCUGCAAAGUGAUUUGGCUUCGGGGGCGACCCAUCUGGCUCCCAGUGGAGGAGCUUCUCUGAGCUGCAGCUGGAAGAGACCUUAUGGCAUUGGGGCCGGUCUGCAGAAUACGGGCAACACCUGCUACCUGAAUGCAGCCCUGCAGUGUCUCACGUAUACCCCACCCCUCGCCAACUAUAUGCUGUCCCAGGUGCAUUCUCAAAGCUGUCGUCGUUCGGAUCGCUGCAUUCUGUGUGCCGUGGAAACGCACUUUCUCUGGGCCCUCCACAGUCCUGGCGACGUGAUCCAGCCCUGUCAAGUGCUGGCUGCUGGCUUUCACACAAACAGGCAGGAAGACGCCCACGAAUUUCUGAUGUUUGCUCUGGAUGUCCUGAAGGCAGCAGGUCUGCCUGGGCUCACGGACGGG